AUGCAUGCGCGCGCGCGACAGAAAGAUUUUAACGAUAAUUACGGACACAAUACAUACACAAAUGGACAAAAAGAGAAAAGACAUCAAAAUCAAAAUUUGUUACCUCCGAAUCAAACAAGUGAUAAUACGUCUUUGUCAGUCGAUGAAGAAUCUACUGCAACAGAACCACUAACAAUAUUUUCAUCACGAAAUAUUGACAAAUUAUCAUUAACUCCUCAGAAAAGAGACGGUGAAUUACUAACUAGUUUCAGUGAACAACAACAAGACAACAAUUAUAUUCAAAACAGUAAACAUUUAAAUAAUCAAACGUUAAUGGCCUCGUAUUCAUUUCCGUCACCUGGUUAUGCUAAUGUUCCAUCAUUCUAUAGUCAAACACAAAAUCCUUACUUAGGAUCAGGAUUUAAUUUGCAGUACCCAUUUGAUACAUUUCCUAAUACAGCGGCUGUUUCUCCAAAUAGUCCAUUAUCCGUUACUUCGAACUAUACAUCUCAAUCUGGUAUCGAAAACAAUUAUUAUUCGUAUCAACCAGCAGCGUCUCUUAAUUAUCCAUGCUACCCAUCCUCAUCACCAUAUGUCUCUCCGUAUAACAUUGUUUCUGCCAUAUCUCCGGCUUCAUCAUUAGCAGGACCAACAACAUCUGCAACCGUACAAACAUAUCAGUUAAAUUCAAUUACUCCUACAAUUGAUACAAAUCAUUUUUCAAAUUUAUCAUCCACAUCACCCUCACCAUCUUCAAAAACUGAAACAACUACACGUUCACUAUCAAAAUCAAAAACCACUCGUGGUAGAAGAAAUCAACCAUCACCUGACUCAGAAAGUAAUAUUGAACGUGUAUUUGUAUGGGAUUUAGACGAAACAAUAAUUAUAUUUCAUUCAUUAUUGACUGGAACAUAUGCACAACGAUAUCAGAAAGAUGCUCAUUCAGCAGUUACACUCGGUUUACGUAUUGAAGAAAUGAUAUUUAAUCUUGCUGAUACAAAUUUAUUUUUCAAUGAUCUUGAAGAAUGUGAUCAAGUUCAUAUUGAUGAUGUAUCAUCAGACGAUAAUGGACAAGAUUUAAGCACUUAUAAUUUUAUCGCCGAUGGUUUUCAUUCUUCAACAAAUAUUGUUAAUCCAUGUAUUAGUAGUACGGUACGAGGAGGUGUCGAUUGGAUGAGAAAAUUAGCAUUUCGUUAUAGAAGAAUAAAAGAAUUGUACAAUAGUUUUCGUACUAAUGUUCAAAAUUUAUUGGGACCACAAAAAUAUGAAGAACUAAUACAACUUCGAUCAGAAGUUGAAACAUUAACCGGUUCAUGGUUAACAUUAGCAUUAAAAGCAUUAACAAUUAUAAAAGGAAGGAAAAAUUGUGUAAAUGUAUUAGUGACCACGACUCAACUUGUACCAGCAUUAUCCAAAGUUAUUUUAUAUGGUUUAGCGGAUGUUUUUGACAUUGAAAACAUUUAUAGCGCAACAAAAAUUGGUAAAGAAAGUUGUUUUGAAAGAAUUAGUACACGUUUUGGAAGAAAGCCAACAUAUGUGGUGAUUGGUGACGGACGAGAUGAAGAAUUAGCAGCAAGACAGGAUAAAGAUUGUAGUGAUGAACGUUUUAUAUCAUUUAAAUUUUCUGCUGUUGGAGCAUGUGGAAGAUUUUUUCGACGAUUUACACCACGAGUAUUUCAACAGAAUGAACCAAUAACAGCAUUGAAUGAUGUACGGAAUUUCUUACUGUCAUUGCCAACAUCUCUGUAA